AUGCCUCCACGAAUGAGAAGGCGUAUUACUACUGCCAAAAGGGAAGAGAUUGAAGCCGAGCAGCGUCUUCUAGAUAAGCAGAUCGUUCGUCCCUUUGAAACCCUUGAAGGCUUGCCAAUAUCAUAUAAUAAGCCUCCCCAUGGCCACUACGAAGAGGUAUUGAAGAAUCCAUUGACAAUUAAGGAUUCUGCGGUGCUUUAUAAUUCAUUGAUUCGCUCACGAAAUACGUAUGUUUUUCAUGCUCCGAUGUUUAAGUUGUACUGGGUCAAACAAACAGCGUAUGCUAAGAAGCUAGCAGAGAUGGAGAAAGGACCGCAACCCUCUAAGGAAAGAGAAACUCGAAGAAAGUUUGCUAAAGCAACAAGCAACUCAUUGGAAGCAAAAACAAGAACACCGAUUUUGAGUGGUGAUGUGAAUGCCAGAGAUGUGAUGUCCAAACUCUGUGAAGCUUCACUUUCUCUAGGGCCACAUUCCAUGGAAAUACGAAUCUUUAUCGCCAAAGAUGCUCGAUCCGAAAAGUCCAAGGCGUUUUCCGAAAUAUCACAAGUAUCUGAUGGCUCAGAUCUACUCAUGAGAAAAUCAUCACCGCCACCUCCUCCACCGCCUGCUUCUGAUCCUGCCUCCUCAGCAACGGCCUCCUCAGCGACAGCCUCCUCUCUGCAUCCCGAACAGUCACCAAUGGGUGCACCUGUGGCAUCUUCUGCGACUACAACACCUCCCACAGCCUCGGCGCCUUCUGCAAUGUCUGCGCCUCCUACCAAUCCUUCGCAACCACCAUCAACAGAAUCGUCUGUUCCCUCGUCAACUCCGCCUCCUUCCAAGGUUGUUGAAGAGAAGGAAGACAGUCACAAUAUCUCAUCUACUCAAUCGUCUCGUAUGGUACCUGACAAAGAUACAAGCAUAGAACCCUCGAAGGCUGAAGGAAGCACACAAGAGUCAAAGCCGUCACAGCCCAAGGGUGAUACAGAUCAACACCCAAAAGAUGAAGCUGAUAAGAAAAAUACUGCCAAAAGCUCCUCUCCUCCCAAUACUCGGGGUACAGCUGCACCUAGUUCUUCAGCUAGCACGACUGAUGCACCUUCAAACCCAGCUGGAUCUGGUGCUCCACAAGCAAAAACACCGCAGGCUGGUCCUCCCAAACCUUCUGGAGCAUAUCCACGACCACCUCCACCCAGGACUGUGGAUAUGACGUCGGUGGAUAAUGCAAUAAUGAUUUCUAACCUCAAUGCUAUUGCGAAAAUCGACCUUUCGUUGAAUGAUCUUAUGAAGGUUGUUGCGAAAGGCACAGCUUCCGAAGCCCAAAUUAACUUAUUUAAAAGAUACAUUGAAAGGGCAAAACAGAUGGGUCCUCAGCCCCACCAUGCGGAGUUAUACUUUGUGAGAGGCUUGCCUCUCCCACCUAACUUUCCAAGGCCCUAUGUUGCAAAACAAUUUGUCCAGCCACGUCCUCCCAAACCUAGAUUCAAUAACCCGAUGAAACUAACGGCUUUUCAGGAGAAGUAUUUGCACAAUGCCACAUUGGUGUUCGAGUUUUUGGAAAACCCUAAUGUCAGGUACGUCAUACCAAGAGACUCAAUUUGUGAGGUUUUACCUCCCUCUAAUCCCGUCACACUAGAAGAUGGGUCUGGCGUGAAGGAUGUGCUAUUCAGUAAUAUUUGGAUCCAUAAUAUCGAAGACGUUGAAGCUUAUGAACAAAAGUUGAAGCUCUAUCAAGACGAACUUAAAAGGAAGGAAGAAGAGGAAAAGGCCCGCAAGCAAGAAGAGGAGAAAGCUGCUGAAAACGAUGGUGGAAAUGAAACUCAAUGUGAGGAGCAAGUAGCAACAGAGGUCAAAGUCGAAGAAGAGCCGCGCCCUCAGAGAUCCUCGAGAAGUGGGAGAAACAAGAAGCCUCCUCCAACAAGGAAGAGGACCAAGCCACUUGAACCCCCUGAAGAACCACAAGUGAGGUUUACCACAUAUUCGUUUACGGUGCAUGGAAUUCCCGAGAAGUUUGUUCCUAUUGUCGUGAACAGUAUGAGACCAAUAAAUCUCGUUCAAGAAAAGAUGGAAAAGAUCUUGAAGAUUGGUAACCGCGUCAGCCCAUUUCAUCUCUGGUAUCAAGUUGAUGCUAAGCUCGACGAGGGUGUAGCUGAGGAUUUGAGACAGUCCAUAAUACUGGAAGAGAAAAAGAUGGCAGGCGUUGUCCCACAAAGCGUUGAACGAGAACAGCCGAAGAAGAGAAAGAGGGAAUUCAAGAAUCCAAGAGCCAAGAAGGCAAAAGAGGAUUCCCCGUCGACAGUGUCUGGAACGCCAGUACCUCCAUACAGUGGAAAUGUUUCAGUGACUCCAACGAGCCAGUCCACAUAUAUUCAGAAUGGUGCACCACCGGACACUAGUAUGAAUACUAAACCUCCUGUGGUCGCUGACAGGCCCAAUUAUACUGACAUUAAACAAGAGCAAUGA